AUGUCACUAACGUACUUUGCUAAAGGGCUUCCGCUCCUUUAUCUCACGUAUGGGCUGAUGUUUGGGCUAGGAUCAUCGUUAGAAAUGAUUCCGUCGCAGGCGUCAACUGCGGAGCAUUUUCUUAAGAGAAGGUCUAUGUCCAUUGGCAUCAUUCUCCUAGGAACCGGAGUAGGCACACUUGUUUGGCCGAUCCUCAUAGAAUACCUCCUAGAAGAAUACUUGUACCAAGGAACAUUUCUUAUCUGUGGCGCGAUAUCAUUUAACCUCCUCGUCGCUGCAAGUUUAUUUAGAAACUUUAAGAAGAGACCUCCAUCAGACUCCCACACCAAGGAAACAUAUAACAAUGUUGAAAUGAGUCCUACAUCAGCUAGUGAGCCACAAUCCUGCUUCGCUAGGAUGCGAAAUUCUAUCAAAAACAGCAAGCCUAUCUUAGACAAACGGAUCUUCACAGAUUCUUGCACAUUUGUGUAUUGCAUGACGCUGUUUUUCGCACAAAUUGCAUACCAGUCAAUUUUCAUUCUGCUACCGACGCGAGGCGAGGAGAUAGCAGACAGCGAGGGCUUCAGUGGCGCUACACUGGUGUCCAUUAUUGGUCUUUCUGAGACCAUCUUCCGGCUUCCACUGAGCUCCAUGUGGGACAUCAGCUUCAUGCGAAAACCCACUCGCAGACUGGCUGGUCUAACAGGGUUCAUCUUUGGCAUAGGAUUUUUCGUAAUUAUGUAUCCGUUAAUGCGUACUACGCAACUGCAAAUUAUAAACAGUGCCCUCCUGGGAGUAGUCACCUCUGGAUACAUGGUAACGUCCUUCAUCGUUCUGAUGGAUAUGUCUGGUGUGGAUCUGUAUAAGGACGGUCUAGCACUGCUACUUACCUGUGGCGGACUAGCAUCUCUCGUUGGACCGGUUGGUUGCUGGAUGUAA